UAAAUUUCAGGAAGGAAAUACAGGGUCAGGUCCAAACAUUUGAACAGCUUGUUCAUCACAAGGAUGAAAUUAUAGUUUCCCUUAAAAGACAUUUGACAAUACCAAGAUCACUGGCUGUGGCAGCCUUAUUAGAUUUACUGGUACAGCUUGCAAGAGAUUUGCAGCAGGAAUUCAUGCCCCACUUUCAAGAUUUCUUUAAUAUACUUGUUCGCUUGCUGGCAGAAAAUUUACAGAAUGCUGAAAUCUUGGAGCAGAUUUUUCAGACUUUUGCAUGUCUGUUCAGGUUCCUAUGGAGAUAUUUGAUCAAAGACUUCACAACAGUAUUCAGCUAUUUCUCAGAAUUAAUGCUAUCAUCUCAGAAAGAUUACAUCAAGGUGUUUGCAGCUGAAAGUUGUGCAUAUCUUUUGAGAAAGGUUAAACACCAAGAUGAGUUGUUGAACAUGCUAUUUGGGUCACUGAAAACUCAGCCUGCGUUGGUAGAUGGUAUUGGACUGCUACUGUUUGAAAUGAUGAAGGGUGUGAAUAAUCACUUUCAUUCAAUAACUGAACAGGUAUUCCCACUGAUUCUGCAAAAGUUGGGAGCAUGGAAUCCGAACAUGUCAAAUGAAACUGGUCUGCCUUACAACUUGGUGGAAAAAGCAGUGGUGGUACUAAUGCAGGAGUGUGCAAAUCACACAACGAAGGAGUACGCUAAACCUUUAUGGGACAUCAUGCUUAAAACAGUUGAUCAAGUAUGCACUGCUUGCAUGAGAAAUCAACAAACGAACAUAGCUGGAAGCGUUGAUUUGAUUCAACAUCUGUGCCGGCUUUUGAGACUGAUGUCUGAAUGGAUGAUGUUUAACGGUGGCAGCAUAGUUUCAGAUGCUGAACUCAUUGCAGAUACACUGUGUACCAGUCUGAAGUCACUGUGUCCUGCAGAGCAGUUGGAUGAGCAGAUCCUGUACACCAUUUCAAACCUGCUGCAGACCUGCCAUGACAAACUUUCUGUUGGAAAAAUAUCCUGUUUGAUUUCAGCAGUGUUGAACAUUCAAUUCCAGUUUUCUGCCCUGAAAUGUUUUGUGAAAGAUGUCCUCAGUUUGCCAUUCUUUGAAAAGGAUGUGAUGCCGGGAUUAAUGGCCAGAUUGAAUUCAUUGCUGACAUUAGACAAUGGAGACAAAAAAGAAAUCCUUUCACUUGUGGUAGAAAUUGUGAUGCAGAAAGUAAAACCUCCAUUUACUGGGGCAGAUGUACUUUUGUUGAAGCCCUACUGUCAUGACACUAGCAAGUCCAGAUCUUUGAAAGAAAAUGCUUUUUCCACUUACAUAACAUCCGUAUUGGCUUGUACGUUAAACCAAGAGAAAGCCUUGUCAGCAUCAGAUCUGUCAUUGUUGUGGGGUGCUGUUGUAUGCUCACCUCACUUUUG